AUGAGCACCUAUCUCACAAGUAAAGCCAGUGAUAUAAAGACUAAGGCCCAAGCACUUAAAUCCACUGCUGAGACUCAGUCUAACAGUGAACUUGGUAAUACUAAUCAGACUGAUCUCCAACAAAAUAAUAAUCAUCCUCAAACUAAUCUCACGAAGAAAGCCGAACAACUAGCUGCUAAGGCCCAAGGGCUUCACACUGCAGCCGACGGAAUAGUUCAGGCUGCUAAGCAGGGUAGUCCACUUCAACCACUUAAUGAAACUGCCCAAAAACUUAAGAAUGCAGCCAAGGGUACUAGUAGUGGCCUAUAUCAGGCUGCAGAAACACUAGCUAAUAAAGCUCAACAGACUGAAGCUGCUCAAACUCAGGCCACUGCUGUCAUAACCGCAUUUGACAAUGUUGAACAAAGAUAUGAAGCACUAAUGGAUGAGUAUAAAAAGAUACUUAAUAACAAGGAAAAGGCUGUUAAACUAACUCAAACUGAUAAGGAAAAGGUCAUCGAGGUUGUCAAGGCCUACUACGUGGUUAAGACCACCUAUUACCAAAUGCUCAUAGUUCAUAGGAUCCAGAAGAAGGCAAUAGCAUUUCACGGAGCGGCCAGUCAACUUCAGUCUCAGGCUCAGCCUGCUGAGGCUCCUGAGAGUCCACUCGGAAAACUUCAAAAGGAUGCCAAUCAAGAAAUGGCUGAUCUAGUUGAUGCAGCCAAAACUCUUAAAGACGAGGCUGAAAAGCUAGAUAAGGCACCUGACGCUCAAAUCGUAGAGAAGUACCUUGCAGUGGUUGAAAAAUACAACGAACUAGAAGUCAAGAAAGAAUUCACUGAUGCACUAGAGGCUAAAAAAGUGCCUCAGGUUCAAAAUGUCAAAAUCAAGUUUGAUGCCCUUCAGAAGUCCUAUGUAAAUGUCCUUAGGCUUAGGGUCCAGGAACUAUCCAACAUGGCCCAUACACUAUCCGGAGCAGCCGGUACACUAUCCCAAGAUGAACAACUUAGACAAAAAGCCAACCUACUUAAGGAAGCAGCCAGCAAUGGUAAUGAAGGCCUCAAAGAGAAAGCAACUGCACUGGUAUCUGCUAUCAACGGUUCUGGUGACUCUGAUGGAACUAAGGCCAAAUUAGUCAUAGAACAAUUUGACGCAGUCACUGAUGCGUACGAAACACUUGCAGGCCAACCGUCAUACUCAGCUGUCUUAGCCAAAAUAAAACAAAAUCCAUCAUCACCAUCACUACCUGGUGAUGAAGAAAAGGUCAAGGAUGUUUAUGAUGCCUACACCAAUCUCAAGACCCUAUAUAACAAGAUCCUAAACUUUACCAAAAUGAAAAAACCAGCCACUAAUCUAGAUAAUGCAGCAGAUACACUCCAAAAAACUCCGAAUGUUGAAAAUGCCCGACUCUUCAAAGACAAAUAUGACAAGUUCAAGGAUGUAUACGACUCAAUACCUCCUGACAUCAAAGCUACUUUUCAGAGUGAUUUUGAGUCCAUUAAAAAUGUAGUUUGUGGAGUAAAUUUGGACAAAAAAUACAUUAGUUAUUUUUCCAUAUUUUGGACUCUGUGUAACCUUUAA